AUGUCUCGCCAGUCCUGCAGCUUCGGGAAGGGGUUCAGCUCCAGCUCCGCUUGCUUCGGGGGCAGGAACAAGGUCACGUUCAGCUCCGUGUCCCGUGGGGGAUGCAGGAGACCUGGGAACGCCGGUGGCUUCAGCAGCAGGAGCCUCUAUAGCCUGGGAGGGAGUAAGAGCACCGCCCUGGGAGGGUUCGGGGCAGGCGGUGGGGUCUGCAGAGGUUUCGGGGCUGGUGGCCAAGGGGGCUUUGGCUACGGUGCUGGGGCAGGAUUUGGUGGUGGCUACGGCGGUGGGGCUGGAGGUGGCCUUGGUGGUGGCCUCGUUUGUGGCUUUGGUGGCUUUGGUGGAGGGUUUGAUGGCGGGAUGGGAGGUCAAGGCUUCCCCCCUUGCCCGCCGGGUGGCAUCAGAGAAGUGACCAUCAACCAGAGCCUGCUGGCCCCCCUCAACCUGGAAAUUGACCCUGAGAUCCAGAAGGUGCGAACACAGGAGCGGGAGGAGAUGAAGCAGCUCAACAACAAAUUUGCUUCCUUCAUUGACAAGGUCCGGUUCCUGGAGCAGCAGAACCGAGUCCUGGAGACCAAGUGGAAGCUCCUGCAGGAGCAGGGUGGCACGGGGACGGGUGGCAGGACUCUCGACCCCUUUUUCGAAACCUACAUCAGCGGGCUGCGGAGGCAGCUGGACUCCCUCUCGAGCGAAAAGCACCAGCUGGAGACAGAGCUGAAGAACUUCCAAGAUCUGUUGGAAGACUUCAAGACCAA